CCUACAGGGUAAGCAAAGGAAGGAAGCUAUGCUGUGAGGAACUUCUAUGGAGCAGUGUCCAUAGCUGGUACCCAGAGGAAAAUGACGACUCCAAAUGGGUUUCCCCUGCACUCGGGGACCUGCGUUACUCGGAGCAUGGAGGGUGGAGCAGUCCAGGACCUGCAUGCUAAGAAAGCUGGUAAAGCAGUUAAGAAGGAGGCUGGGGGCAAUGGGCUGCUUACCUUUGAAGAUCCUCCAAGGGUAGGCACCUCUUUAAAUGAAGCCUUAAAGCUUCUACCAGGUGAACUCAAAGCUAAUAUGAAAAUUAAAUCCAUCACUCCAAGGCCUCCUCGGAAACCCCGGCUGGAGCGCGCGGCCUCUUUGGAUGAGAAGAGCUGGAGGAGGUGGAGGCGCUUCAGAACCAGCCAGGAGAGCCUGACUGAUCCCAACGAGACGAGUUCCUCCAAUGGCUCUCUGCAGGAAGCAUCCCUCAGCCCUCCCGUCAGGGGCAGGGCGAGCCCCUGGCAGCAGUGCUGCCAGCAGAAUUCCUUGCACAGCGGCUCGGCGGAUGCCUCGGAAGCCAGUCCCACGGGCAAGAGCAGGGGAGCAGGUGGCUCUGAGCUGGGGAAACGAGCUUCUGAGCUCUCCAGUGCCUUUGGUGGCCUUCUGCGGGGAAAGGCGUUCGCAGGCGGCAAGCCGCGGCUGGCCCAAAUACUGCCAGCUCGACCUCUGCCACCCCUGGAGCUCAACGUGGCCUCUCACACGCUGAGGACGGCUAAUAGGAUUGACUCAGAUUGUGUGGAUUACCAGCAUUAUUCUCAGCACAAGUUUGGGAGGGUGAGCAGCAGCCUGAGCGAUACCAGGCUGCAUGGCAACGGCAUGGUCUGCGACAGCUGCUCCACAGACUCCAUGAAAUCGACCUUUAGCCUCCUCACUCCCAUUCGCUCCAAGGAUGUCAGAAGCAGAAGCUAUUUGGAAGGCAGCCUUCUGGCAAGUGGUGCCUUACUGGGAGCAGAAGAACUUAGCAGAUAUUUCCCUGAUCGGACUGUUGGACUUUUUGUGGCCACCUGGAACAUGCAAGGUCAGAAGGAACUUCCAGCAAACCUGGAUGACUUCUUACUACCAACAGAUCCUGACUAUGCCCAGGACAUGUAUGUCAUUGGGGUUCAGGAAGGCUGUCCAGACAGGAGGGAGUGGGAGGUCCGCCUGCAGGAGACGCUGGGCCCUCACUACGUCAUGCUCUACUCUGCUGCACAUGGCGUGCUGUACAUGUCGGUCUUCAUCCGGAGGGACCUCAUCUGGUUCUGCUCAGAAGUGGAGUAUGCCACGGUGACAACUCGGAUUGUAUCCCAGAUCAAAACCAAGGGAGCUCUGGGAAUCUGCUUCACGUUUUUUGGGACCUCCUUUCUCUUCAUCACCUCCCACUUUACAUCUGGGGACAGUAAGGUGAAUGAGAGGAAACUGGACUACAAUAAAACCAUUCAAGCCCUUACGCUCCCCAAGAACGUUCCGGACACAAACCCUUAUCGGUCCAGUUCCAGUGAUGUCACAACUCGAUUUGAUGAAGUGUUCUGGUUUGGUGAUUUCAACUUCCGACUCAACAAGGAUCGGGAGACUGUGGAUUCCAUCUUGAACCAGAACCCAGGAACAGAUGUGUCCAAGCUACUGGCCUAUGACCAACUCACUAGUGAAAUGAGCAGGGGCUCUAUUUUCAAAGGAUUCCAAGAGGCUGACAUUCAUUUCCGUCCUUCUUACAAGUUUGACAUAGGAAAGGACAGCUACGACACCACUUCCAAACAAAGGACUCCUUCCUACACGGACCGAGUGGUGUACCGCAGUCGGUACAAAGAUGACAUCCAGGCUCUCAAGUACUCCUCCUGUCCCGUCAUCAAAACCUCCGACCACCGGCCCGUCUUCGCCCUGUUCCGUGUCAAAGUGAGGCCUGGCAGAGACAACAUUCCACUUGCUGCAGGGCAGUUUGACAGAGAACUCUAUUUAAUUGGAAUAAAGAGACGGAUUACAAGGGAGCUUCAGAAACGGCGAGAGCAAAAGGACCAAAGAUCCAGCAGCAUCUGUAGCAUUUCCUGAGCUGAGGACUCUGCUUGUGUUGGAGGUGCCCCCCAAAAGAGGAUUUCAGGCCAUGGCAAACUCUGCAGGGAAUUGGUCUGCUUAAGAACCUCCAGCAGUUGCUGUGGCUUGGGAAGAAUGUCUUAAACCUCAGCCUGGAUUCAUCUGCAUAAGCUAAUCCACGUAGCUCAAGUGCUUCUGCUGAAGAAAAUGGAGUCACUGAUUUAGGACAUCCAUCCCAACAGAUGUAAGUGGAUUUAUUUUUAACUAUGCUAUCUUUGGAAGCAAUCAGAUGCAGUCUCUUGGUUCUAAGGUGACUCCACCCAGGGGACACAGCUUCUGGAACUGGCAUGACUGGGGACCUGAGCAAAGCCUGCAGAAAGGUGAACCUUUUUGUCUGUCUCUUUGAUUUGGUUUGCUUAUGUAUGUUGUGGGGUCGAGUUUUUUCCUUCCUUACCUGUAGCCCAGUGUUCAGUACUGUGUAAAAUGUGUAACAGGGACCAGCUAGGGGACCUUCAGCAGUUUUGUGCAAGGAUGGUGCUCCCAUGUUGGGCUUUCCUUGGUCUACAGCGAGCUCUGUGUGAAUGUACUACUGUAUGUUGGAAGUGUAGAAACAUUGCCUUUCAAGAAUGAUUUUACAGGCCUUCUGUUACUAAGGGGGUAAAUGUUAAUCUCUCACACCAUGUAUUUGGCUGCUGAGACUGUUUGAAACAAUCCCUUCCUUAACUCACCCACCCUCCCCAGGGGUGGUAAAAAUACCACCUGCCUUCAGCAGCAGGACACUGGAGCUGGGAAUAAUGGUCCAAGUCCAGCCACUGUGUAAUGCUUCACCAAAGUGAGUACUAGGGAAGUAUGCAGAGACACUGCAGCACAUCAGCUCAAUUCCAUUACCUCUGAUGAUAGUAAAUUCCUUUGGGGUUCAUUUUCCCAAUUCAAUCAACUGUGAGUACCUUGCUGGUUUUAAAGUAGUGUCAUCCUAAGGCUAAACAUACUACAGGGACCAGUGUGGCACUGGGAAAAUGUCAAGUACAGCUAAAUGCUUAAAAACUCUUCAUGGGCACAGAUUGGCUGGAUCUUUAAUCACCUUAGUAUGUAAGCCACAGUGCAAACUCUGAGGAAGUGCUGCUAACUAUGCAACCUGUCCAAGACAGAGCUUCUGUUCUGCGGUACAAACGUUUCUGGCACUGACCUGGCUGUAGCCAUCAGGUACUUGGAUUUCCUUUCUUUUUAAAGGAAUUGAAAAG